GAUAGAUACACAAAAAAGGCAUACUUGGGGCCAUGGCUGCUGUUGUUGCAGAUGAAGGACUAAAAGGAAUGGACGUGGAGAAGGAGAUCCAGAUCUUCUUGUCGGCACAUCCCGCGGUUUCAGCUCAGCUGAUCGAAGGCCUGGAAGACUCCUUGCAUGAGGUCUGCGAGAAGCGUGGCUUGGGCGGUCUGAGGAAGGCCUUGCGCGAGAUCUUGGGGAAGGCGGACCUCACCGGGACGGAUCCGAAAGCGUUGUUGGUGGGAUCCCUCAAAGAGUUUGCCAGCUCCAAGCAGGAGACACGCGCAUCCGAGCUCGAUGAGUCCGCCACCAGUACCGCUUCUCCGGCCUCCAGCGAUGCCGGCGAGUCGGAGUCCUCCACCAGCGUGUCCACGCAAGCAGAGAGGCCAAACAUCCCGGAAAAGGGUCCCAUCCCCGUCUCCAUCGAGCCGGUCUCCUUUGCGCCCACCUGGGGAGAUGUACCGUUUGCACCCGGCUUCGCUGGUCCCCCCUGGGGCGAAUGGGCUUGGAACCCGCUGGGUUGCACCAACUACCUACAGGAGAUGCUGGUGUAUAUGGACUCAUACUGCCAAGGCAUGCGUGCAUGGCAGCAGCAAUGGGUCAGCCUCGUCGAGGUGGCAUGCAGGACUGCCCUGGAUGAUGACUUCAAGGAGAUGGUCCUGGUGGGUAGCCUUGCGUUGUCACUGGAAACGCCCGGGAGUGAUGUGGACCUCGUGUGCAUGACGCAGUCGGAGGUGGAUGCCGUGGCGUUGCUGCGGAAGGUGAAGGAUAUCUUGACUUCAGAGAGUCACUCCACCGGCUUUCCGGAGGACUUCGCUGCGGUGGUCAUCGAUGAUGCGCGCAUUCCCAUCCUCUCCAUCACUCACGGGAGUCAGGUACUUGUAGAUUUGGCCAUCAAUUCUCACCAUUCCAUUGAACACGUCAGAUGGUUCAACAAGAUCGGCGCCGUGCCGCCAAACCCCCCCACGGUGAGCCAGGUUCCUGUCUUGACCGUCACCUUGCGGUGCCUCAAGUGGUGGCUCAGGAUGAGACGGAUCCCUCGGAUGAAGGAUGGUGCUUUGCCCACGGUGGCCUGGAUGCUGCUGGCGAUGCACUCGUGUGCUGAACAGAGUUGCAGUUUCUCGCCCGAGCUCCUGGCAGAGAAUCCCUUGUCGGCGGUGCUGUCGCUCAUGAGUGCCUUCUUCCAAAGAUACACCACUGUCAGCGGGCUGGACGGAAAGCUGAAAUUUGCGAAGGGGACUGCCGUGUCGGAGUUCCACCAGCAUCCGCGGCCCAAACGGCCCUGCCAUGCAGAUCUCAUCAUUUUGGAUCCCGAAUCAGGCGUGAAUUUGGCGCCUCCCAUGUCGCCGGCCACUCAUAUCCUGCUGGUGCACGAAAUGCUACGGGCCAGGUCGCUCUUGAAGGAUGCCACUUGCACAGGGCAACAGCAGCACUUACAUGCGGCGUUCCAGCCAGUGCCGGAGUUCACGAACUCCCUCCCAGCCUCGACCACGGACAGUUUUGAUGCGUUGGUAUUUGUGAAUGGGAAUGGAGAGGGCUCGUGUACAGUGGAGCUCGCCCGCAUUCACAGUAUACACAAGGCGCCCUGGUGGCAAGCGCCCUUCCUGGCUCGCUGGGAUAUGCAGAGCCGCUUGGAGGCCCAGCUUUUCCGGGCCUCCCAUGACUUGUCCUUCGUUGGGGCGCAGGCGAUUACAUUAGCUCCCUGGAACUUCAUUUGCCGUGUAGAAACCACCGGCGAUGAACAGACGGGCCUUAUCCUGGAAGACGAGGCUUGGCAUUGUAUGAAGAGUAUGCAAGCGUUGGCAUCUGAGAUGCAAACUUGGGCUUCUGUGAAGAGCAGAUGAUACCGUGGUGACACGGCCACAUCGGAUCGCGGCUACUUGUGGGAGUAAGAAGAGC